AUCGCAAGAAUGUACAGCCUGAAGGAUGGAAUCUUCGCGGACAGUCUUCUGGGGGGAGGCUCCUGCUUCGAGCGACUGACUCCUUGUUCCUGUCGCUCCGUGCGGAAGCCUCCGUCGAGAAGGUCUCCGAAGAGGCCAUUCCAGCCACAAGAACAACAGAACACCUCGAACACGGGGAACCGCCUGGUGGAGCUGAUGGAGAUGGGUUGCCAAUGUAGCCACCAGUCGUCCAGGCAUAGAUGGCAUUCGAGCAGCCAGAAAAUCAUCCUGGCACUGGCCGUUGUCCUCAACCGUCCACCGGAUGUGGUGUCCGACUUCCUGCACUUGCUCACGCUCCAAAACUUUGCUCACAUCCUCAGGCCUCGAGGGUGUGACUCCAAGAUUCCCUAUGUGAACUGCAGUGUCUGCGAAGAUUACUUCAGGAUUUUCGACAUCCAUGGAAACAUCAGGGACCGCCGUGAUCAGGACUCCCUGACGCUUCUUAUGCAUGUCGUGCAGACCGUGUUGAAGCAAGAUUGCCCCAAGGACUCGGGACAAGCAGACGAAAUUUAUGGCGCCCCACAAAAAAGGGAUUCCAGAGCCAGAAGGGCGGGAAUCGACCGUGACUCCAUCGCUUGGCAAAACGGGAGGAGGCGGUUGAUGGACUCGGAGCAGAAGGCCAAUGAAAACAGAAGCCAUCUUAACUCCAGACGGAAACCCUCGGCUGGAGAUGCAGGCACCUUGUUCGGGGCUGCCUUUGACACCGAUGACUUAUUUGGCCCAAUGAAUAGGCCCAACUGGUUCUUCGAUGGUAACCUCACUAAGGAUCGAGCUAAACUGCUUGCUGAUCUGCUCCGUCAGAUCAACGGGAAGACCUCCCUGACGCGGGACUCGGACAAGUUGAUAGAUGCCAUCAAGGACCUCGAUUUGGAUGGACCGCCUACUCCGAGGCAAUCGUCCACCGAUUACGACAUGGUCAGGAGGCUCUCGGAUUCCUACUACGAAAGGGUUAAGGCCUCUGCCUCGAAAUCCAUUCUUAGGAAACGCUUCUUGCAUGGCUCAAAGAAAAGGUCGAGGACUAAUUCGCGUGGUUUUAGCCAGGUAGGACGCCACGAACGACGUUUCUACGGCGCUCAGAUUCCGGUUCUCCUGCACGAACCCUUCAACCGGGAGAAACCCUGGACCUGGAUGCGCCGCCAUCCCCGCCAGGUUCGGGUAAACGAGCUGGGUUGGAUAGACGACGGGAACAUCCGACGGUAUCGACGCGAGACUGUGGAGCAGCUGAUGGAGGAAGCCAGACAACGCUUCUCGGUGAACUCUGUAAUGUCGCAGAGCUAUUCAAAAGACCUACCUCCAACUUGGCGCUCGUACCGCCAACGCUAGGCUAUAGAUUUUUGUGAUUCCCUCGCUAAUGAAAAUAUGUCGCUCUAUAGAAAUUAACUCAGAUUAAAUAAAUACUUGUAAUAUAUUGA